AUGAUAGCUCCAGGGGCAGUUGCAUUCAUUGCAGGCCUACUGGCCCACCAACUUGUCUUUAUUCACGGAGAAUGGCAUCUCAAGGGCCCCAGGGUGGUUAUUCUUCAUCUUCUUUCUGGUAGUCUAUUAUAUGCCAACCAUUUGUUUGGUAAUGGACGCUCCCAGGCUAGCUUGGUUGAGACGAUGUACUUGGCAGCAUGCUAUCUGUCGUCACUAUUCACAAGCAUCGCAGUAUAUCGAGUCAUAUUCCAUCGGUUGAAACACUUUCCCGGCCCAAAAUUAGCUGCAGUGAGCAAAUUAUGGCAUGUGUGGAAGUGCCGCGACUCUCGCGGGCAUCUUGUUUUGCAGGACUGGCACGAAAAAUAUGGGGAGUUUGUGCGAACUGGUCCCGCCGAAAUUACCAUUUUUCACCCCGAGGCCUACGAGGCCAUGGAUGGUCAUGCCAAUCACAACACGCGCUCGGACUGGUACGACCUUCUCUAUCCUCGGAUAUCCUCAAUAUUUACUCGCGACCGACAGCUGCAUCAUGAACGGCGGAAGAUGUGGGAGCAAGCGCUGAGCAAAAAAGCAUUGUUCCAGUAUCACCGGCGCGUGGUGAAUAAGGUACGAACGCUGGAAAGGCUAGUUGCGUUGGAAGAUUCACACCCUGUUCUCAUAAAUGACCUGAUGUAUUUCUUCGCGUUUGACUCGAUGGGUGAUUUUGCUUUCAGCGAAGAUUUCGGCAUGAUGAAGAACAAAAGAUGGCAUUCGUCGAUAGCCAUGCUGCGCUCGGCACUGACCUUGCUGGGUCCCUUCAGUCCUGCGAUAUGGAUCCCGAGACUGGGGUUUGCAUUUAUUCCCACCUUGUGGAAGGUCCAACACUGGUUUCAUAUGCUUGAAUUUUGCGAUCAAUGCAUGGCUCGACGGAUGAAGAAAACACCCGCAGAUCGCGACAUUGCAUCUUGGUUCAUUGAAGACCACGUCAAACACGGAUCAGAUCCUUCGCGGGCGAGGUGGUUGAGCGGUGAUACUGCGACAUUAGUUGUAGCCGGAAGGUCAGUAAGGCUGGAUAUCAUGAGACAGCGGACUGAUAAUUGCAGUGAUACCACUGCGCCGAGUCUAACCCUUCUUUUCUAUUUUCUCGCUCGCUAUCCCAUCCAUGCUGAGAAGAUUUAUGAAGAGAUUCGCGAUGUUGACAGAGAGAACCCAGCUGUCUUGGCCACGUUGUCACAUUUGACUGGGACUAUAAACGAAGCUAUGCGAUUGCUCCCAGCAGUACUAACCUUCAGCUCUCGAGUAACUCCACCAGACGGACUGACGAUAGAUGGCACGUUUAUCCCAGGGAAUACCAAAAUAUGUGCACCACGUUAUACAAUCGGUCGACGUGAGAAGCUCCUUAUCCUGUGUUUGGUGAGAAAUACUAAAUUGCUUCAAGUUGAGACAGCAUAUGUCCACCCCCAUGAGUUCAUUCCCGCACGGUGGUACAGCCAACCGGAGCUGAUCAAGGAUAAAAGGGCAUUUGCUCCUUUUGGUGUCGGGCGUACGAGCUGUGUUGGGCGUCAUUUAGCCCUUGUACAAAUCCGUCUCGUAACUGCUGCCUUGGUGUUCCAUUAUCGGAUCAAAUUUGCACCUGGCGAAAACUAUGGCGAGGCUGUUGAACGGGAUAUGAAAGACCAGUUGACUGCUCAGCCUGGCGCUUGUCGGCUUGUGUUUGAAAGUCGCGUAUAG